CUGCGCAGAAUGAUCUCUGUGAACACACGCUAUGAAUCACCUGUCCUCUUCAACUUAUUUGAAAGACAAAUAAGAAACUAGACGCUUAUAUGCUUCAGACAGCCCACAGACAAGUUAAAGUGCAGUGUUGGAAGGGUGUUUUUGUUUGACUUUUGGACGUUUGUAAUUUAACGUUUGUAAUUUAACUGUUACCAAGUUUCUUGAAACAUGAAAGCCUGAAUAGAACGUAUACCUUUUUCGUUGUUUUAGUUUAAAUAAACUGUUGUAAAUGCAAUAUGAGCGAUCCUAAAGUAACUUUAGAGAACUCGUGUGAGGCAGCCCCUGCACUAGGAGCAGCACCGGAAAGCAAUGAAGGUGAAACGACCAAAUCAACUGCAGAAAGUGCAGCGGGCUUCUACGCGCAUAUCUCCCGGCUGAGCACUACCGCUGCGUCUCGUCUGUCUGAUUGUUGUCAUGGAGGAUCCAAGAUGGCGGUCCUGGCCUAUAGCCGAGGCAAACGAGAGAUAAACCAGUAUUUUAACAUAGAAAAUGCCAAAUUGCUCGCUCUAGUGGCUGUCUUUCUGCUCCUCAUAUUUCACUCAGUAUACCGGAAUUAUGGAGGUGGCGACACCUGUGAGCGUCUUCUCUCCAGUGGUAGAUUGCUGGGCGAGAAUGCAUGGCAACCUUAUGGGUGUAUGAUGCACAGAUAUAAAAGCAAUGAAGCGAAGAGCUGCCUUUCUGAGAAGCACAUAGCAUUUAUAGGAGAUUCCAGAAUUCGACAGCUUUUCUAUUCAUACGUUAAUAUAAUAAACUUUGAAGUUAAAGAAGGAGGAAUGAAGCAUGAAAACAUUGCUUUUGAAGACGGAAGUGCUUCUCUGAAAGUGGACUUCCUAUGGCAUACAGAAGUUAACAGUUCUAUGAAGGAAUCUUUAACAUCUUGGACAUUAGAGGGUACCUCACUAAAACCAGACAUGAUUGUUUUGGGAGCAGCUACUUGGUCCAUUAAGUUACACAAUGGCAGCACUGAAGCCCUCAACCAAUAUAAAACCAACCUCACAUCAAUGGCACAGCUUUUGGAGAAGCUGGCGGAACAUGGUGAAGUUAUCUGGGUCCUGCAAGAUCCAGUGCUUGAAGACCUUCUUCGUGACGACAGAAAAAUGAUCACUAAUCAGCAAAUAGACUUGUACAAUGAAGCAGCUCUAAGCAUACUCAACAGCAUAAACAGCGUUUCCAAAGCCAAGGUUCAGAUCCUGCGUGCUUCCAGGUUGGCAGCUGAACAGACCAUCAGUAAAUCCCUGGAUGGUUUACAUCUCCCCAAAAGUACAAGAGAUAUUAGUGCAAUGGUUUUAAUGAAUUACUUCUGCAACAAGAUCUUAAAACCUAUUGAUGGCUCCUGCUGCCUCCCUCGGCCUCCAUCUACUCUUAUCCAGAAGUUGACUGCUUGCUUUUUCAUUCUGUCUAUAAGCGGUUAUCUCUUGGUGAAUUUUAUUUGCCGCAAUAACCAUCGGGAAAACAAACUUCCCAAAGAUAUAGAAAGUGGCGAGGAGAAGAAGCCUUCCAUAGCCAUUUCCUCUGUUGCCGGCCUGAAAGUCCCAUUUAAGUCAGUUUGUAAAUUAGGCCUCAUCAUGGCCUACUUUUAUUUUUGUGACAGAGCUGACAUAUUCAUGAAGGAGCAGAAGUUCUACACCCACUCAUCCUUCUUCAUACCACUAAUCUUCAUACUGGUGUUGGGAUUUUUUUACAAUGAAAACAGUAAGGAGGCAAAGUUUCUAAACAGGGAACAAACAGAUGAAUGGAAGGGUUGGAUGCAGCUUGUAAUCCUGAUAUAUCACAUAUCUGGUGCAAGUGCUUUCAUACCUGUGUACAUGCAUGUACGAGUCCUAGUUGCAGCAUAUCUGUUUCAAACAGGCUACGGGCACUUUUCCUUCUUUUGGCUGAAGGGAGACUUUGGACUUCACAGGGUCUGCCAGGUACUUUUCCGACUAAACUUCCUUGUGGUUGUGCUAUGCCUUGUAAUGGAUCGCGCCUAUCAGUUUUACUAUUUUGUUCCAUUAGUAACUUUCUGGUUUGCUGUCAUCUAUGGGACAAUGGCUAUGUGGCCUCAGAUUCUCCAGAAAAAAGCAAGCGGCAAUGCUUUAUGGAAUCUGGGAUUGCUUCUGAAGCUUUUUUUCUUGCUCUCCUGCAUAUUACUUUUAAAUUAUUCACAGGGUGCUUUUGAGAAUAUUUUUUCCUGUUGGCCAAUAUCCAAGCUUUUUGAGCUGCAAGGAAGCGUCCACGAAUGGUGGUUUAGGUGGAAGCUGGACCGUUUUGCUGUCUUUCAUGGAAUGCUCUUCGCAUUUCUGUAUUUGGUGUUACAGAAAUGUCAGGUACUUUCAGAAGGCAAAGGAGAACCUCUUUUCUCACACAGAAUCUCAGACUUUUUACUAUUCAUAUCGGUAGUUUCCUUUCUGACCUAUUCCAUAUGGGCAAGUACUUGUAAAAAUAAGACGGAGUGCAAUACAUUGCAUCCUUAUGUAUCAGUGGUACAGAUUUUAGCAUUUAUUUUAAUCCGGAACAUUCCUGGUUAUGCACGUUCAGUUUACAGCUCAUUCUUUGCAUGGUUUGGCAAGAUAUCUUUAGAGCUCUUCAUUUGCCAGUACCACAUAUGGCUAGCUGCAGAUACCAAGGGGAUCUUGGUGCUAAUCCCAGGCAAUCCAGUGCUGAACAUCAUCAUUAGCACAUUUAUCUUUGUUUGUGUGGCCCAUGAGAUCUCCCAAAUUACCAACGAAUUAGCACAGAUCGCCAUUCCUAAAGAUGGCUCAGCUCUGCUGAAAAGAUUACUUGGUGGGGCUGGAUUUCUAGUAGUUCUUCUUCUGUCUGCUCAGGAGUCCAAACUUUAACUUUCCCCUCAGACAGGAAAAUGUUUUCUGUAAUAUGGGGAGCAAUACAAAUUGUAUUGUAGGAGCCGCAUAUGUUGCACAGGAAGAUUAUUCUUUUGUGUCAGAAAUUGUGUAUAAAGCUGAUCAGUUAUGAGUUAAUUAUUGAUAGUUUGUUUUGAUGGGUGGAGGGACACUGAAAAAUGAAAGGCAUUUGGUUGGUUAUUUACUAUUUAUUACAAUUAAUUCUUGUGUCAUGAAGCCCUCAAACUGUUGGUCAAUUAUGAGUUUUAUGAGUGAAAUUUUUCUAAAAUUAUUUUACCAUCUGGAGGGCAGGUACCACUUUCAGAACAAAAUAUGAUUGUACAGUAAAGGGUAUAGAUUUGUAUCCUUGUGAAAUUACAUUAAUGCAUAGUAGUAAACAAUAUUUAGAGGUAUACAAGUACUUAUCUAGUGUUCAUUUGUUUAUUUGGAAAUUAAUUCUGUAUAUUUUAGCUUACUUGUACUUUUCAAAGAAUUGCAAUAAAACAAAAUGUUACAGAUUUGUUCUUGCAUACAUGGUAAUGCAUGUGCAGAAAUUAAAUCCAGUGACAGCAAAGCUUAAUGAGCCAAUGUCAAGCAUGUGGCAGUUAUCUGUGGUUCUUGUGCAUUGCUACAUACCUAUAGGUCAAAGCAGUAAUCCCACUUCCCUAAAGACUUUACUGUAAGCCUCAUUCAAUGACACUAAUGCCCUUUACUGUUGAACAUUGUGAUCUCAAGAUAUUUCCCUUAACUCAUAGUCAACUGUUGUAAUGCCAGUUUGAACUUUAAAUAGCCUUUUUAACACAAGGAAAUACCACAAAAAAAGGUAGGUAUUCUAGAUUUACAUGUAUCUCUACCUUGGGAUAUUGAUAAGUUUGCACUGGAAUUAGUGGCAUUUUAUCCACAAAUAUCUUGAACGGGUAUAUAAAACUCCAAUUUAGAUUAAAAAAAAUUACAAAUCAAAUUUUAAUUUAAACUUUUAUACAAACUAAUAUGCUUAUGUUAUAAUGCAACUAAGACAUUUAUAUGUACAGUUAUUGUUUACUUAUUUACAUGCUUGUACAUUUGGUUAACUUGUUGAAAAUCUAUUUUAAACAGUGGUUUAUUCUUUUACGAACCUUGGGUGUUUUAUAUUAAAAGAAAAAAAAAGUCAUACAUGGAGAGAUGUUCUAAGUAAAUGUUUUUGUGAUUUCCUAUAAUGUGAAAUGUGACCAUUUUUAUUUAUAAGAGCCUUUUCUGUUUUACACUCUAUUGUUUAUGAUAAAGAUUUCUUGUAAUAGA